AGCUGGUGGGGCGGGGCCGGGCGCUGUCAGGCCGCGGGGGCUGCCGCGGCGACUGCGGGGGCCUCGGUGUCCGGCAGCCCCUCCGUGCCGUCGCGGCCGGGUAUGGGCGGGGACGACGGCGUAGGCACCAUGAAUGCCCUGGGCAGCCCGGUCCGCGCCUACGACUUUCUGCUCAAGUUCUUGUUGGUGGGUGACAGCGACGUGGGCAAGGGCGAGAUCCUGGCGAGUCUGCAGGAUGGCGCGGCCGAGUCCCCGUACGGCCACCCGGCGGGCAUCGACUACAAGACCACCACGAUCCUGCUGGACGGCCGGCGCGUGAAACUACAGCUCUGGGACACAUCGGGGCAGGGAAGAUUCUGUACCAUAUUCCGCUCCUACUCCCGGGGCGCACAGGGCGUGAUCCUGGUCUAUGACAUCGCCAACCGCUGGUCUUUCGACGGCAUCGACAGGUGGAUCAAGGAGAUCGACGAGCAUGCCCCCGGCGUCCCUAAAAUCCUGGUGGGCAAUCGCCUGCACCUGGCCUUCAAGAGGCAGGUGCCCACGGAGCAGGCCCAAGCCUAUGCUGAGCGUCUGGGGGUCACCUUCUUCGAGGUCAGCCCACUGUGUGACUUCAACAUCACCGAGUCCUUCACCGAGCUGGCCAGGACUGUGCUGCUGCGUCAUGGCAUGGACCGGCUCUGGAGGCCGAGCAAGGUUCUGAGCCUCCAGGACCUGUGCUGCCGCGCUGUGGUGUCCUGCACGCCCGUGCACCUCGUGGACAAGCUGCCGCUCCCCAUGGCCUUAAGAAGCCACCUCAAGUCCUUCUCCAUGGCCAAUGGCCUCAACGCCAGGAUGAUGCAUGGCCGCUCAUACUCACUGGCCACUGGCCCCAGCCACAAGAGGGGCAGCUUCUGCAAAGCCAGGGCCAGCCGGGCACCUCGGAGUCCCCCACGGCACUGUGCCCGAAGCAGUUGCAGGGUCUCCUAGGGUGACCUGGUUCCUGUGAGGGACUGGGCCACACACCCAAGAACGUCCUAGAGCUGAGAGCCCCCUGCUGCCCAGAACACUGGUGACGUGACCGGCCUCAGUGUCUGCAGGCCGAGCACGAGUGCAUCUUAGGUGUGUCUGGAGGUCCAGUGCCAGGUGCUGACUGGCUCACUCACCACAUCUGCCCAGUGCGUGCAGCUUGUUCCUCCAGCACGAGAACCCAGUCUGUGCGUGCCACGGAACAGUUCAGGGCGUGGAAUAGUCGGGGCAGUCGGGGCCAGCCUCUCCAAGAGCCACUCUCAGCUGGGGAGGACAUGGGGCUCAUCACGCUUGUGCUGUCCUAUGGGGAUUGAGAAGUGACUUAUACGCAUAUUUUUCUGUAAACUCACCUUUUUUGUACAAGAUGAUCCACAAGUCAGGAAGCUAAGGGAAGAAAAUGCCAAAGAAAUCUCCAGUUUGGAUGGACGUGGGCCUACACAGGGCAGGAGGCAUGGCAAGGGCUGCCCCCGCCACCCCUGCAGAGCCAGGUGAAUGUGGUUCUGAAAGUAAAACGUGCAGCUGGUCUUUG